AUGGGCAAUUCCAUUAAUCCACAGGGCAAGUUAUCAGAUAGCACAAGCAAGGUUAUUUUUACAGAUGGGACGAUUCAGAGUUAUGACAAGUCUUUAACAGUGGCAGAGUUGAUGCUGGAACAUCCCCAGCAAAUAGUGGUUGAAUUCAAGCCGAUCACGGAUGGAAAAAAGCCUAUUCCAUUGCCUGCUGAUAUGAAACUGGAGAGGAACAAGGUUUAUGUGAUGCUUCCAAAAAAGAAAGGAAAGCCAGUUAGCUUUUCAUCUGAAGAAGCACGACGAAUUCUAAUGAAAACUAGCUCUAUGCUUAAAUCCAAGUCUCUGUUAGCUUCUUAUACCGGGUUUUUGCCAGUAUUCGCUCGUAUAUGUCCAGCAGCAGCAGCAGUUUCCUCUGCAUCAUUGGGAAAUGGUCGUGAUUAUGUUCUUAAUUCGGACAAGAAUCUUUGUCUGGUGAAAAGAGAAGAAGAGGAAGAAGGAUCUAAACAUGAUUACUUCAGUGAUAUUCUUGAAGGAAGACCUGAAUUCUUAAGCAGACAAUUGUCAGGAAAAGGAUGGAAACCCAGUUUAGAUACCAUUAAAGAGAGGAGCAUUCAAGCAAAAAUUCGUCAUUGGUUGUUUUAA